AUGAUGGUCAUGGAAGAUUUAGUCAUUUAUUUUCUUCAUUCAAGAAAUUUAAUUUAGAAAGUAUAGAAAUCUUUUGGAGUUAAAAUGAAUAUCAAAGCUGGAAUAAUUGCAGUAUCAGUUAAAGAGGAAGUAUUAUUAACUAAAUAAGAUCAUCACUUUAUCUUAUUAGGAAAAGAUGGAUAAUUUGAAUAUCUAAAUGGAGAUGAUGUAUAAUACUAUUUAUCUAUUAUUAGAUAUGUAAAUUAAUUGGUAGAUACUAUCCUUUAGAAAUAGAAAAGGCUGCAGAGAUAUUAAUCUUAGAAGCCUAAAAGUUUUGGAAAUAAUCUAGUCUUGAUACACAUGAUAUUAAAUUUAUAUUAAUCUUUAAAUUUACUUGA